AUGACUAUGGCAUCUGAAGGGCCAACAACCCACCAGUGGUCUGAUGAAGAGCUGAAGGAGAAAGUUGGACAGCUUUUCAUUGUUGGAUUUGAUGGCCAUGUUGCGAACGACAAUAUUAAAACACUCAUCAGAAGUCACAGAGUUGGGACCAUUGUACUCUUUCAGAGAAAUGUUUCAGAUGCGGCUCAACUCCUCCAAUUGACCACCUCAUUGCAAGAAAUUGCGAAAGAUGCUGGACAUGCCCAGAGUCUCUUUAUCGCAAUCGACCAGGAAAAUGGAUUAGUUACUCGUAUCAAUCCACCCAUCGCAACAGAACUUCCUGGUUCGAUGGCUCUGGGUGCAACGGGUGAUCCGUUAAAUGCUUUUACGGUUGCAGAAUGCACAGCAAAGAUACUGAGGGCCUAUGGUAUCGGCAUGAAUUAUGCUCCAGUUGCAGACAUAAAUUCAGAGCCAAAUAACCCAGUCAUUGGAGUGAGAUCUUUUUCGGAUGAUCCAGAGACAGUCGGAAGAUUUGUAUCAGCUCAAGUGAAAGGUUUACAGCAAAACGGCAUCUUGUCUUGCGUCAAGCAUUUUCCUGGCCACGGUGAUACGGCAGUCGACUCUCAUCAUGGUCUCCCUAUUAUCACGAAAAGCAAAGAAGAAUUAGAAGCUUGUGAGCUAGUCCCGUUCAAACGAGCAGUGAUAGAUGGCGUAGAUGCUGUUAUGACAGCCCACAUAUCUCUACCACAGUUAAACGGUAACUGCGACGCAGCUACCAAACACUUGCCUGCCAGCUUGAAUCCAAAUGCAAUUAGGAUUCUGCGUCAGGUUAUGGAAUAUGAUGGACUGAUAGUGAGUGAUUGUCUAGAGAUGGACGGAGUCAGAGCAACUUAUGGGACAGAGAAAGGAGCUGUUAUGGCAUUGAAGGCAGGAACUGAUUGUGUCAUGGUUUGUCACACAAUGAAAGCUCAAGUCGGCGCGAUUGAAGCUGUUAUUGCUGCUGUCAAAUCCGGAGAUGUUUCUCAACAAUCGAUCGAUUCUUCAGUGAAUCGGUUAAUACAACUCAAGGCCAAGUAUCUGUCGCAAAUUGUAUCACAAAUUGUUGAUCCCAAUCAAAAUAUUCAAAUACUUAACGAAGAAUCGUCAAAAAUUGCGUCUGAAAUCUAUGCGAAGAGCACAACCAUUGUCCGUACCGAGCCAGGUUUUUUUCCUGUUGAAAUUUCCUCGGCAAGUUCUAUGAAAGUAUUAUUGAUGUUCGCAUCAGAGGCUCAUCUUGGGGGUGGUGCCGUCGACAGUGGUGAAGACAGAGCAGCUCGACCCCCGCUGCUCACUUCGUACAUCGAAAUCCUCAAGCCCUAUUGCAAAUAUAUCAUCGAUAUACAAUUUAACGAGGGGUAUUCAUUGGGUCCAGGUCAUGAGGAUAUGAUCCAUUUUGCAGAAGCCAAUCUCAUCAUUCUUGCGACCAGAAAUGCAACCUUUAGUCAAUAUCAGAAAACUAUGGGACAAUUUCUAGGAAAAUAUCUUAGUCGAAACAUGAUGUUCAUCACAGUUGCAACUUGUGAUCCUUACGACUUUCUCGAAGAUAUCGAUACCAUCAGAAAUUACAUCGCAAUAUAUGAGCCUACCCCCUCCGCUUUCAAGGCAGCGGUAGACGUAAUAUUUGGCGUUCGACAAGCUGAGGGAUUGCUUCCUGUUUGUUUACCAUAA